AUGAAAGAUUUAUUAAUUUCAAGUAAUUAGAAUAUAAAAACUUUAAAAAUUUUUAACAUUCAUUAAUCAAAAUAUAAACCUUUUAUAAAAGAUAUUGUUUUAAAUUAUAAAAACAGUAGAAAUGAAGCAAUGCAUAAGUAUAUCAAUUAUCUUGUACGGUUUAGAAUAAAAUAAUAACAAAAGACAAACAAGAAAUAGUAGACAAAUAAGUUAGUCAGAUUUAAAUCUUUGAUAUUUUAACAAAUUCUUUUGAUUUUGCAUUACUAUCAUUUAGUUUAGAUCCAUAUAAAUAAGUGUACAAUUAUUUAUAAAUUGAUAUAAGUUGUUAAUUAAAAGAAUCAAAUAAUACUUUAAAAUAUAGAAUAUAUACAAAGAAUCUGAAAUGUUAACUUGGUGAAUUUUUUGUUAAUAAUGGAUGUCAAAUAUGUUAAUCUAAUUAAGUUUAUUAUUCAGUUACAUACAUGUUCUAUAUUUGA